GGUGCAGGACAGGUGUCCUUCUACUUUUUUUUCCAAGGUGCAAUCUUUCCCCAGCGAAUGAAGAAAUCGUACUGAGGAGGGAGGGUGAAGAGGUGGAGAGAGGAGGAGGUGGGAAGGUCCUUCCCUAACGUUAGAUCCACAUCAGCUCACUCUACACUUCCCCAGAUCCUACUGCUGUUCCCAUCUGAAUUAAGCAAGUGCUAACAAGACUUCUGGCUAACGGUGGUCCUUCCAUUCCUCUGUGCUGACUGUGGUAUUUUCCCCCUCUCCCCUUGUUGGACUAGUGGGCUGGAUGUUUCUAUCAGGAACUUUGAAUCCAGGAUGUUAGGAAUUGUUAAAAUGGAAGGACAUGAGACGCCAGAUUGGAGCAACUAUUACCAAGACACACAGGAGGCUUAUUCCUCUGUGCCAGUCAGUAACAUGACACAAGGACUGACAUCUAUGAAUACCUACAUGACCAUGAAUCCGAUGAGUUCCAGUGGCAACAUGACAGCAGGUUCCUUCAAUAUGUCUUAUGCCAACUCUGGACUAGGAACAGGCCUCAGUCCCGGUGGUAUGUCUGGAAUGGGUGCUGGAUCCACUGGUACCAUGAAUGGGAUGACAUCAGGUGUCUCACCAAUGGGCACCACUCUAAGUCCAACCAAUAUGAAUGCUAUGUCAGUCCAGCAAGCCUCAAUGAACAAUCUGAGCCCAUAUUCUAGCAUGAACAGUGGCAUGAGCCCCAUGGGAUAUGCGCCAAAUAACAUAAACCGGACCAGAGACACCAAAACGUUCAGGAGAAGUUACCCUCAUGCCAAGCCACCUUACUCCUAUAUUUCAUUGAUAACCAUGGCCAUUCAGCAAGCACCCAGUAAAAUGUUGACCCUUAGUGAGAUUUACCAGUGGAUCAUGGACCUCUUCCCAUACUACAGACAGAACCAACAGCGAUGGCAGAAUUCAAUCAGACACUCCUUGUCAUUUAACGAUUGUUUUGUUAAAGUUGCCAGGUCUCCAGACAAACCGGGCAAAGGCUCAUACUGGACCCUGCACCCUGAUUCCGGGAACAUGUUUGAAAAUGGUUGCUAUCUUCGUAGGCAAAAGAGGUUUAAAUGUGAAAAACAACAAGGAGGAAAGGGGAACCACGAUGGCAGGAAAGACCAUUCAGGUCCAUCUUCACCUUUACACCGAGGGCACAGCAAGUCCAACCAUAUGGACAGUAGUCCUUCCAUGUCUAACCAUUCAAGUAGCCCACAAUCCUUGGAACACAAUGGUUCUAGUGGAGAGAUGAAAUCACAGGUAGCUUCAGGAGCUGGCCCUUCACCUCUUUCUUCUCACCCUGCCCAUAACUCUCACUCCUUGUCCCAUGAGUCCCACCUCCAUUUGAAGGGAGACCCCCAUUACGCAUUCAACCACCCUUUUUCUAUUAACAACCUUAUGUCUUCUUCUGAGCAGCAACACAAGCUGGACUUCAAAGCUUACGAACAGGCUCUGCAGCAGUAUUCAUCUUAUAGUGGAUCUCUCCCAACUAUGCCCUUGGGUACCUCUUCUAUGGCUUCCCGAGGUAGCAUUGAGCCUUCUGCACUAGAACCCACCUACUAUCAAGGGGUAUAUUCAAGACCUGUCCUAAACACAUCAUAAUUUGAUUCCCCUUCAUCUCUGGACAUUAUAUAUUUUACUGAAGGGAAAAUGAGCAACUGGCUGUUGGCAUGGCAUGUAUGUAAAUGCUUUUAAUGAGGACUGUUACCGCAAUGUUGUAUUGCAAACGAAGGCUAUGUAUUCUAUUUUUUUUAUUAUUUUUAAGUACAAGGAAUGAAAUGCAGUUUUGGUGAUCAUUAUCUGUAAAAUUAACCACACCGUUCACCUUAGCAGCACAGUAUGUAUUUAAAAAUAUUUUUAUCAUGUAUAUAGCUCUCAAUGUUUCACUUUAAUUAAACAAAACGUUUACAAAUAAACUUGUUUCAGUUGAUGAAACCAGGCAGAAUGAUAAGGCAAGUUUCAUGAAAUCUCAGCACUUUCUUUUUAUGUACUCCAGUUUUUAUACAAGAGAAAUGUGCUGUUCAAAAAGUUACUUAUGUAAACUGUCAUUGGGCCUUUCAAAAAAAAUUGUCAUUUGCUAUUAAUGUUUUCGAGCUUAUUGUUACCAUUUUUGAGACGUAUAAAAGGCAUGUUCUAAAAAAAUAAUCUUUUAUUUGUUUGUUUUAUUGUAUUUUUUUUUUACAUAUAGUGUUAAAUCAGUUUCAUAGGUCAUUUAAAAAAAAAUCCCCAAAAAAUAUUUGCAUCCUGGGGUCUAAUUGUAAACGAACAUCACUUAAACACGAUUGUACCCCCCCCCCCUUCCCCCCAAACAUUGGGAUUCAAACACGAAUAUUCAGUGCUAGUCGUAAACACUUGUCGGGCUUUUAUUUUUUUUUAAUAUUAUUUUUAAGAAUAUUUCUGGCUUCUUAAACGUUCCUAAUUUAUUGCAUGUUUUCUACCAGUUUUUUUUUCCUGUUGAGGUUGAGAAUAAUGGUUUAAUGAAUAUUGGAAAUUGUCAAACAAGUUUAAUUUUUUUAAAUGUAAUUGUAAUUGAAUGCAUUCUGAUUUUUAAAAAGUAAGGUAUAACCAAAAUGAAAUAAAUAUACAACUUUGGAUUGGAUUUUAAA